AGUUGGGAGGCGACCCUCGGACCCACGCAGGGUUUGACCCUAAUCCACUCCACGCGAACACAUCGCAGAAUCAGACAUCGCGUUGUAAAAAUCAGCAACAACAUUACAGCAGCAGCAGCACAGCAUGUCGGAGCUAAAGUUCUGCACCGUCUGCGCUUCCAACCAGAACCGCUCGAUGGAAGCCCACAAAGUGCUGCAGUCGGCAGGCUACAACGUGUCGUCCUACGGUACCGGAUCGGCGGUGCGUCUGCCAGGCCCAAGCAUCGACCGGCCGAAUAUAUUCACGUUCGGCACGCCCUACGAGGAUAUCUACCAAGACCUGAUGUCGAAAGACCAGAGACUAUAUACAGCGAACGGAGUGCUGGCGAUGAUUGACCGGAACCGGCACGUGAAGACGGCGCCGGAGCGGUGGCAGGAGCAGAAGAACGUGUUUGACGUGGUGAUUACGUGCGAAGAGCGGUGCUUCGACGCGGUGUGCGACGACCUGCUGAACCGGGGCGAGAACCUGAACAAGGCCGCGCAUGUGGUCAACGUCGAUAUCAAGGAUAACGUCGAGGAGGCGGCGCUGGGCGGGCAGGCGAUUCUGGGGUUGGCGGAUAAGCUGAGCGCGGCGAGUAGGGCGGGCGAGGACGUGGAUGAGGUGAUUAUGGACGUGCUGGCGGAGUGGCAGGAGGAGUUUCCGAGGUUUCCUGCGCUGCAUGCGGUGUGUUAUUUCUGAUAUCUAGAUAUAGAUAUAUCUGGAUGUUGCAUGAUGUUUAGAUUGUAGAGUAGGGCAUUUUCGGCGUUGGAUGUAUAUAUGAUAUAGCAACAAAAGUAUUGUUAAUAGUUUAUCA